AUGGAAUAUUGGCUCUGCGCAACACAGUUAAGUGUAAGCAGGAUAAUACCUGAUGGUGUGACAACUUGCCACUUUUUGUAUUUUCUGGAAAUCAUAACUGCUUAACGUACAUCAGGCGAUUAGUUAGCAAUUAUGUCUGUAUAAAUUGCUACAUGUAGACAUUUAUGCUGAUAAAAUACUGCUCUCGAGGUUUAAAGAGAUAUCUCUCCGUUUAUUCAUGCAUUUUGGAAAUAGUAACUUGGUGCUCUGUUUGCGUAUUUUUUGUGCUUCCGGUCCCAACUGCUGGUAAGGCUUCUAAAGAGCAAAGUUUUCUUACGGUGUGACAGUUCGACGAAUCCCCUCCAUUUAACGUUUUCAGUGACGAUCUACUUAUACGACUCAUCAGUUUAACGCUUUUUGCACAGUGCACUGUGUCUCAUCUGGCUGAGUCGCCUCCUCUCCAUUUUAUAGGCUCCCAUAUUUAAUCAGACCAUCAGAUUUCUCAACAUCAGCUCGACUGUCUGCGUGCCAGGAAUAGCCGUUAAAGAAGCUCUGGAUGCCAUCGUGGUAGUUAAGUCAGCCGUCUACAACUUUGCAGUUCGUGAUCGCAUUCGGAGAACCUAUGCCAAAGAAGUCAAGCGUGAACGUGCUUUCCGCAUGGCCAUGGUCUUCUCUGUAGGACUACCCCGAAGCAUCGGGGGUCGGUACUUACAGCCCGACAGUUUGAACAUCUCACGGCCGGGCCGGGCGGGCGAGUCGCUGGAGGAGAUGCGGUAUGAAGGGCCGGCAGUUCUCAGAAAACUGGCAGAAGAAGCUCAAGCCAACGGUGACCUCCUACUGGGUGACUACGAGGAUACCGACUAUAACCUCAGUCUUAAAUUGUUCCAUACCUUCCAAUGGGCCUCUUGUUUCUGUCGGCCUCAUUUCACCUACCAACAACGACCUCCUGUAUUCAUUCUCCUGGACGAUUACUAUGCCUUUAAUGCAACCAUCCUAAAGAAUGAACUGAUGGCACUCUCGGACACACAGAUUCGAAGAGUGACGUGGGGCAUGCAGCAGGCGAGUAGUCCAGUAUAUCGUACUCUCGUCUCGCCAGGUUUUGAAAAAUGGAUCCUAUCUAAACACCAAGUGCCCUGGCCCUACUUCGCGCCCUACGCAUCCGGCGCAUUCCUUGUCAUCGGUGCCGACACUCUUCAGGAAAUCGCCUUGGCCAUGUACUUCACGCUACAAUUUCCAGUUGACGAUGCCUGGUUAGGCAUGGUUAUGACAAAGUUGGAUGUCUACGUUGAGCCGCGUCCAUCGAUGCAUAUCUCUAGGCCGAAGAAGCUUAGGAAAGAACUAAUUUCCUUUGCACCCGUCGACUACCUCUUCGGCUAA